UAGUGCAUUCCCAUGUGUUGCCGGCUGGUUCGAUCCAAAAAUAAACAAACAAUUGGAGCUCUAUUUUUUUAAGGAGGAAGUGGAUCAUGAACGGGUCCUGGAAACUGGUCCUGCCCGUGGGCUUUGUGCUCUACUCGCUGCCCCUGUUUCUGCGGGUGAACGGCACCGCGGACUACGUAAUCGAUGAGGAGUUCCACAUCCCGCAGGGAUUGGCCUUUUGCCGCAAGGAAUUCGAUGUGUGGGAUCAGAAGAUAACGACAUUUCCGGGCUUGUACCUGAUCGCCCUCGUCCUGAAUCCUUUGAACCUGUGCACGGUCACGGGCUUGAGAAUGCUGAGCUUGGUCGGCGCCGGAAUCAACAUUCUGCUGCUCUACAAGAUCAGGCGGCGCAUUUUGGCCGGCUCGGGGGGCAACUCGUAUGCCGCCCAUGAGGCCAUCACCAUGUCCGUGCUGCCGCCACUCUACUUCUUCAGUCACCUGUACUACACGGACACCCUGUCGCUGACCAUGGUGCUCCUGUUCUACAACUAUUGGCAGCAGGAGGCGCACCUGCCGGCGGCGGUCUUCGGAGCGGCCAGUGUGCUCAUGCGCCAGACGAACAUCGUGUGGGUCUGCAUGGCCACCGGAAUGACCGUGCUGGACACACUGGUCCAACAGUGCGCCCGCACACGUUCCCUUCCCAGGGACAAAAUCCGGCUGAUGGGCAAAGAGUUGUGGAUACAACUCUUCAGCAGCCCCCAGUUGGUGUGUAAUUGCAUACUGAGCAUCCUGGCCAAGUGCUGCUUCUACGCCUCGAUCAUUCUGCCCUUCGUGGGAUUCCUGUGCAUCAACGGCUCCAUUGUGGUGGGCGACAAGAGUGCCCAUGAGGCCAGUCUGCAUGUGCCGCAGCUCUUCUACUUCGCCGUUUUUGCGGCUGGCUUUGGGAUAUCCAACACGAUGCGCCAGUUUCGUCCAGCAGUGGAACUGAUCCGCAGGAAUCGCUUGUUGUUCCUGAUGGCGAUGCUGCUAAUAGUAGUGGUAGUUCACUUGAACACCGAGAUGCAUCCCUACCUGCUGGCCGACAACAGACACUACACCUUCUACAUUUGGAGCCGACUGUACGGACGGUUCUGGUGGUUCAAGUACGCCAUGGUCCCAGUGUACCUGCUCUCCAUUUGCGUACUCUUCUGCGGGCUGCGUCACAUGCCGGACAGCUUCAAGCUGAUGUUCCCGCUCAGUCUCUUCCUGGUGCUGUGCUUCCAGCGACUCCUGGAGCUGCGCUACUUCCUGGUGCCCUACAUUCUCUUCCGGCUGAAUACGCGGCACACACGCAAGGGAUUCGCCGAGUGGCUGGAACUGGGCGCCCAUCUGCUCCUCAAUGUCGCCACCUUCUACGUGUACUUCACCAAGGAGUUCUACUGGCAAAACUACCAAACUCCUCAAAGGAUCAUUUGGUAGUUCCUUAACACUGCAUUCCUUACGUUUUCAUGUACGUAUUCAGCAUUUGCAAAAUAAUAAACCGUUCGGCAUUUUCAA